AUGACUUGUGAACAAAUCAAGGUUAUCUAUUUUAACGGACGCGGACGUGCUGAAUCUAUCCGGAUGACUCUUGUGGCGGCUGGUGUGAACUACGAAGAUGAAAGAAUUAGUUUCCAAGAUUGGCGGGAAAUAAAACCAACUAUUCCGGGCGGGCGAUUGCCUGCAGUGAAAAUCACCGAUAAUCAUGGGCAAGUGAAAUGGAUGUUAGAGAGUUUGGCUAUUGCACGGUAUUUGGCGAAAAAACAUCAUAUGAUGGGAGAAACAGACGAGGAAUAUUAUAAUAUUGAGAAGUUGAUUGGUCAGGCUGAAGAUGUAGAACAUGAAUAUUACAAAACUUUGAUGAAGCCAGAAGAAGAAAAAGCGCAGAUAAUCAGAGAGAUACUGAACGGCAAAGUGCCAGUUCUUCUCGAUAUAAUCUGCGAAUCUCUGAAAGCGUCCACAGGCAAGCUGGCUGUUGGUGAUAAAGUGACUUUAGCCGACUUAGUUCUGAUUGCUGUCAUUGACCAUGUGACUGAUCUGGAUAAAGAAUUUCUAACUGGCAAGUAUCCUGAGAUCCAUAAACAUCGAGAAAAUCUAUUAGCCAGUUCACCGCGAUUGGCGAAAUAUUUAUCAGACAGGACUGCAACUCCUUUCUAA